AUGGUGCAAAAUCAUGGCACGUCGUAUACAAAGCCUAGAGAUUCGUACAGUGGAUCUAACUCAUACAAAAAUAAGUAUGGAAACUCUGGAUACGGCGGCGUACCUUUAGCAGGACAAUCGGGCAGCUGGAACAGUCGACAAACUUACAAAGGUCCGACGUCUUAUGCAGGUGGUACCUCGUGGAGUAGAACCAGCCCUCCCGUCAGUUCCAGCACGCUUAAGUCCUACAAAAACCCCAAUUACUACGGUCUUCAGCAAUCCGCAAAGAAGAAAUCUAUGUUUAGCAAGGUCAAAACCCCUUUGAUGGUUGCAGGAGGUGCGUACUUGGGAUACAAGCUUGGCAAAGGCAUCGGUCAGCUCUCCAUGCUGAGUAAUCCUUACUCUUUGAUGUCUCCUAUGUAUGGCGGUUAUGGAUACGGACCUUACUAUAACUAUGGGGGUUAUCAACAUAGCUACUGGCACUCGCAGCCAACGAUGUACCGGGAAUAUGCUUAUAACAAGUACCCAGAUCUAAAGACGGACUCAUGCUACGAGUGCUCUUCUAUCGGCGGGAGCAACCCCAUUUGCGACGAUAUGGACGAUAAAUACGGCGCCUCCUCUACAAACGCUUUCCGAACGAAGUGCCCACAAGAAGGCUCCGUCUGUGUCGUUACUGUUGGACGAGUGUUUCCUGUAGUGAGCGAGGCAAUGCCAGCAAUUGACCCAAACAACACUGAUCCGAAUACGUUGAAGAAGUGGGAAGGCAAAUCAUUCACUCGGCGUGCAUGCGUUCCGCCCAACCGCCAGAACGUGUGCGACGCGUACUGCCCAACUCCAAUUCCUGGCUCUGAUGUGAAAUACGCCGACGAGUGUGAUAUUUACAUGUGUAACAUGUGCGAUACUGAGUCUUGCAACUCUUGGGGUCUCCUCUCCAUGCCCGACAAAAAUAACAUAGAGACCGGUCGCGAUUCGCAAGCAGCUUUCCAAGCGACAAUCCCUCUUAUGCUCGUUCUUCUCAUGCUUUUCAAUUGA